AUGGGAAACGUACUUUCAAACUACCAGUCAAAUGAGUGUGAAGUACAACUAUACAACAAUGCUGGAAAAAUUUGCGGCCUCCAAUUUGACGGCAAAUCUCGACGAUACGCUGACAUACCUUACGCUCUAUCACCGACGGGUGAGUAUCGAUGGCGAAAACCACGACCAUUGCCAGAGUCCUUCUCAUAUUCGUCUCCCGACGGUACGCCAUACGACGCGACAAAGUUUGGAAAAGUCUGCUUACAAUCCAGCUACUCCGCUUCUGUGAAGAAACAACUUCCGCAACAUGUCUUUGGGGAGGACUGCUUGCGCCUGAAUAUCUGGACCCCGGUCGGAAACCCCAACGAGACGAAUCCGAAAUGGCCGGUGAUGAUCUGGUUCCAUGGUGGUUGGUUCCAGAUCGGUGACCCUAGUCAGGAAGAAUCGAUGGAUCCGACUGAACUUAUCUCCACCGGCCGGUUGAAUGCUGUGUUUGUCGCGGUGGGUUACCGUCUUAACGUGUUCGGAUUCCUGGCCGGUGAAGAACUGAGAGAGGAAUCCGGUGGACAAGAAGUGGGAAAUUAUGGCCUUUGGGACCAGCGACUGGCAAUGGAGUGGGUCUAUCAAAACAUUUCAGCCUUCGGUGGGGAUCCUGAGAACAUUACGCUGUCGGGACGCAGCGCGGGCGCAUACGCCGUUCAGGCACAGACGCUGUACGAUUUUCGGGGAUCGAUGGACGAGUCCGCCCGCAAUCAUUUCCGACGAUUGGUGAUGUAUUCUAAUGCGAUUCCCACUCAACCGAAAACACCAGAAGACUGUCAGUCCCAGUUCGAUGAGUUGUGCGAGUAUUUUAAGAUAUCGCCAGAAACACCAGGGCCCGAAAAGCUCCAGCGGCUGCGCCGGAUUGAUGCCGAGGAGUUGUGCGAGUCGGUCAUGAAACUAAAGCAUCACACAUUCCGACCUGUUACUGAUGGCAUUUUUAUCCACCCUGGCAUCUUUGAAUAUUAUCGGGAUGGGUCAUUUGCGAAUGAGUUCAAGAGACGUCACUUGCGUUUAUUUAUCGGAGAGGUUCUGAACGAGGAAACAUUAUACGCCGUGACGAAUGGGCCACAGGCCAACAAGGAAUCUCUAGAGUUGCAGAUUUCCAAUUAUUAUUCCCCAUCGACGACAUCCAGAUUGUUGCAGCAUUACCAUCUUCCUGACUCCGACCGAAAAGAGGAUUGGGAAACUGUGUUCGGACGAAUUGUCUCCGAUGGUCAGGUCCGAGCUCCGUCGCGGUUUUUGGUCCAUAACUUACUACAACACGGAGUGGAUAUUAAAGAUGUGUGGCGGUAUCUUAUUGCAUACCGUAUGUCCUUUAUUACCGAAAGGGUAGCGCCUGCUGCCUUCGGAGUCAGCCACGCGAUGGAUAGACCAAUAUGGAAUUACUUGGUGAUGCAUGGACCGAAGCCUGCUGAGCGACAGCUGAUGGACAACUGGAUUAGCGGCCUAGUUGCAUUCGUCAGCGGAGACAAUGAUUACUGCUACGGUACGAAGAAAUGCGAUGACUACAAGGUCAUGACGCCAGAUGGCAACAUCGAAGUCCAGAAAGAUCUGCGUUGGGCUGAAUUGCUGAAGUUAAUGGACGUAUUUUCUGGCUUUUCCUGCGAGAAUUAG